AUGGUCCUUAAACUCCUAAUUUAAGAUAUCAUUUAUUUAUAUGUAUGAUAAUUUUAUCAUACAUUAGGCUUUUUUUGUUCAACCUUAUUGUGCAGAGUUCUUUUCUUAUUGCAAUUACAAUGGUGAAUCUUUUGUUAUUUGUAAUAAUAAUCCAGAUUUAUUAUAACGUGGAUGGACGAAAUCAGUCAAAUCCUUAAUGAAUUUCACUUAAAAGAAAUUA